AUGGCGUCUUCUGAUCCCAACAAGUUAUUAACCAAAGCUGAUAAACUAACAAAACUCAGUCUUACUAGGUGGAGUGCUGAUUGGAAGAUUGCUACUGGUCUUUAUGAACAGGCUGCUAUUGGGUUUAGAGGUUCCAAGAAUCAUGAGAAAGACAAGUUGGCUUAUGAGAAAGCUUCGCAAGGACAAGAGAUGCUUUCUUCACCUUGGGAUGCGGCUAAGCACAUGGAAUCUGCUGCUGCUCUGGCCAAGGAGCUGAGCAACUGGAGAGAAGUUGGAGACUUCUAUCAAAAGGCAUCUCAGUUAUACAUGGAGUGCAGUAGACCACAACCUGCAUCGGAUGCUCUUGCAAAAGGGAGCUCGUUCUUUAGAAGAUACCAUGCCUGA